UCUCUAUUAAAUACCUCUCUUAGUCCUUUCUCACUUCACACUCUACCGCUCUAAACAAGUUACAGACAAUCGUAUCUUCAAAUACGCUUAUUUACUGCUCUCUCCUCCUCCUCCUUUCUGCUAUGUCAACGAGACAGAAGCUCUGUUAAAUCCUACAAAUGCGGCUUGUUUGAGCAGUAUACAGGGCCGUGGAUUAACAUUCUUAUAUUGUUUUUUGAGAACAAGAAAAGAAAGGUUAUGUCAACAAAAAUGAUGACAAUGAGAAGAAGGCUGGCUUGCUGCACCUGGGACAGAGAAAUUAGCCUGGACUUCGAUGAGCAAGAAAGAAUAAUGACAUACAAUGGCCUUGAAAAUUGCAUUUUAAACAAUCAAUCAUAUGAAAAUGAAAGUGGGACAAGCCACGGAGAUGGAUGUAUCAGUGACUCCUUGGAUGAUGAUGACUUGAGCUGUUCUUCUAGCAAAGAUGGUUUUGGAUCAUUUUCUUCUAAAUGGUUGACAAGUAAGAGGGAUGAACAGAGUUCUGAUGAUUGGGAACUCUCGGAAAGCCCCCAACAUUUUUAUGUCAAAGCAAAACCAGCAUACACUAUUCAAUUUUCUGAUGUAGAGAUGAUGAAGGAAAAAUUUGCAAAGCUAUUACUGGGAGAAGAUAUAACAGGGGGCCGUAAAGGCCUCACUACUGCAUUAGCGUUGUCCAACGCUAUAUCAAAUCUUGCAGCUUCGGUUUUUGGGGAACUGUGGAAAUUAGAGCCAUUGCCUGAAGAAAACAAGAACAAAUGGCAAAGAGAAAUGGAUUGGUUGCUGUCUCCUACAAACUAUAUGGUUGAGUUAGUUCCUGCAAAGCAAAAUGGUGCCAAUGGGCGAAGCUUGGAGAUAAUGACUCCAAAAGCGCGUGCAGACAUCCACGUCAAUCUUCCAGCACUCCAGAAGUUAGACUCUAUGCUUAUUGAGACACUAGAUUCAAUGGUGAAUACCGAAUUUUGGUACACAGAAGUAGGCAGCCGGGCAGAAGGAAGGGCUAAAAGUGCAAAGCAAAGUAAGAGAUGGUGGCUCCCAUUGCCACAAGUACCCACAACUGGUCUUUCUGACUCGGAAAGAAAGAAAUUGCUUUAUAAGAGUAAAGUGGUCUAUCAAAUCUUCAAGGCUGCGAAAUCUAUCAAUGAAAAUGUAUUGCUUGAAAUGCCCGUGCCAACUAUUAUCAGGGAUGCGCUACCCAAAUCUGGAAAGGUGAACCUUGGCGAGGAACUUUGUAAGAUCUUGAUGGCAGACUCAAAAACAGCUGAGGAGAUGCUCAAUGCUCUAAAUUUAAAAUCUGAAAACAGUGCAGUUGAGGUCAUUAACAAGCUGGAAGCUGCCAUAUUUGCAUGGAAAGAGAAGAUUACAGCACAAGUUACUGGUAAAUCCCCUGUUCGAACAUCUUGGUCCUUCGUUAAGGACCCAAUGUCAGAGUUUGACAAGACAGAGUCACUAUUAGAUAGAGCUGAAGCCCUUCUACAGCAAGUCAAGGCUAGAUGUCCUAACCUACCUCAAUCAUUUCUUGAAGCCACAAAAAUCCAAUAUGGCAAGGAUGUUGGGCAUGCAAUUCUGGAAGCAUAUUCCAGGGUUCUUGGAAAUUUGGCUUUCAGAAUAUUGUGUAGGAUAAGUGACAUUUUGCAGGAAGAUGGUUGUUGCAAUCCUAAUUCUCCCGAAGCAAAUUGUUGCUUCCUUGGAAUAAAUGCAUCAGGAAUUCUGGAAACUCCACUUCACAAGGCGGAUGGAAAGUACCGGGAAUCUGAUGCUAGUUAUAAUUCUGAUAUGGGAUUCUCUUAUAGCGAAGCUAAAUCAAGCUCAGUAAAUGCAACACCAAGUAGAAGCAGAGUUUGGUGCAUUGGUAGAGAAGCUUGUAUAGGCGUGUCUCCAAAUAAUUCACCAUGACUGAGAUCUAAGAAAAAAAAAUAUAUUGAAGUUGAUACUUAUCAAUUCACCAUAUGCUUAAUAAGAUAUGAAUAGAUUAAGUUUUGGUUGCCUUUUUGAAUAGUUCUGGUCAUAGCAGUUGCUGAUGAAUGUAUAUUUCUUGCCAAAACUAUGACAGCCACUGUUUCCUAUGUAUAUGAUUAUAACAGCAAUUAAGAUUAGUUUAAUUAAUAAGUUUAUUUCUCCUUUUCA